AGUUUUAUAGAAAACCAAUAUUUUAUCUGUUUUAUUUUUAAACAAAUCAGGUACGACUAUAAAUAUAUUAAUAUUUAAAACAUCAAAUCCUUUACUGUUGAUCGUUUUAUUCUAUCAAAAUGCCACGUCGCACCCAUUUUAUACGCCAUUUGGUCCCUUGUAGGUUUAAUCCCAUAAUCCGAAUUCCUUAAAAUCCGUAAAUUCGGCAGCCGGUUAGAAAGCAAUCCUACCCCCAGACUUCCUUUUCUAGACGUAGCUGCCGAAUCUUUCGGCUAGGGAUUAGGUGCUGCUAGCGAAAUGGCCUAUUCAUCCAAAUACUUAGAUAAAAUAACCAAUAGAUUCUAUGUUUUGCUCGGAGAUGGUGAAUGUGCAGAAGGUUCAGUUUGGGAGUAGACAUAAACAGGCUCGGUCAAUCUGAGGAAACUUUCCUUACGCACAAUGUCCAAUCUUAUAAAAAAAGGUUCGAGACUUUCUACUGGAAUGCACUAGUGAUAAACGGUCACAAUAUUUCUGCAAUCAUAAAAGUCAAAAAUAAAAAUAAAUAACCGACCGUAUUAAUCUCUAAAACUCUAAAAGGAGAAUAUAUCACCUAUAUAUAAAAUAAUCUAGAAAAGCACGAAAAACAAUUAGGAUAAUAG